GGGGGGAAAAAAAAGUUCCCUGUUAGACUAAAUAUUCCACUGCUGUGCAUUCAUACAACUUGAAAAAAUAAGCUUUGGGUUGUUCAUCUAUGAAGAUCGAGUUCUUGCUUUAUUAAAUCGAAAAAUACUAGAUUGGUUUGUUUCAUUUUCAUCUGGAUACUUAAAAGGCAUAACGCGCCCAGAAAUCGCGGUUAUCGGCGGGCGAAAAGCCAUCUACUAGAAGAGCUGUGCAUCGGCAGGCGAUUUCGUUCAUAAGUGUGUGUGCAGUAGUUAGUUCUUGGAGACAUUUGCCUAUCACCCCUAACCGAUUCUUUAGCUUCAGAGUGAUGUGCUAAUUAUUUUCAACUAUAUUGGAAGGUAGAUUCUUUUGAGACAACUGCGGUUCAUAUUAUAGGCCGUAUUCUGCCAAGAUCGCCGCCGGCGGGGGAGGCCAUUUCAGUGAGCGAUGUGGAAAAGUGCCGAUGCCUGGCGAUGCUUGGGCUGCAGUGGAAUGGCUGGCCGAGCGGCAGACUUCUAUAGCACUGCGAGGCAGAAGAUGCAAUAGACAGGCUAGUAUGUCGCCCAAUGGCUGAGUGCUGUGGCAACAUCGGUGGGGUCUGAUUCCCACUGUGGAACAGCUCCCAGGCCUUGGUGAUGCGAACAGCCUCAUUUCGUUCCCUGCCCUCGGACUCACAGGCUGUCGUCACGUUGGCGCAAGUGCGCUGCGGACCACGGGCGCUCAACGAGUAUGUGGACAGCCCCCGUCCCCCACUCCUCCUUCCGUUGAAAUCUGCGCCUGUCAACAUUGGAGGGACAUUGCCAAUCGGACCAACUAGCACUUCAUCUGGACCUGGACACAGUCCCAGAGUAAGCCUACCUGCAAGAAAUGUUCAGCGUUUGGUUGCAGGUGGUGUAGCCGGUGGAGGAGUGAGCAGUAAUGCGACGGGUGGCAGCAGUAUCAUCUCUCAGCCAUCCAAGUCUCUACCAGCCAAGGAGGAGGGAGGGGACGGGGAUGGUCAUUCGUCCAUAAUUUGCAGCAAGUAAAAAUGUCGGUGCGCUGCCUGCACAGAACCCCGGCAGUUGCCCUCUCAGUGGUGCUGCGGUGACCGAUACGAGUUGAGUGCACGAAAAGCACUCGACUGUUGCACUUGCUUUUGCUGCGUGCAAACAGCAUUUUACCACUGUGGAGCAGAGGAGGACAAUGCGUGCUAUGAUGACCCGUGUGCUUGUGGGGGCAGCAAAUGCUGUGGGCGUUGGCUGUGCAUGGCUGGGGCAGCUCUCUUUUUACCCUGCUUGUGGAUGUACUGGCCAUUGCGGGGCUGUCUGGCAGCCAGUACAGCUUGCUACAAUUCCUGCCGAAAGAAGGGCUGCCAGUGUAGCCGUCAACAAGGGGAAAAGACAGGGACUGCUGGGAGCAAACACUCCCAAAGCAGAAGGUUGUUGAUAGAAUCAGACAGCUCCAGUGCCUGAGAGACUUUUGCAAGGGGCAUUUAGAUGGAGGCAAGAAUGAUAUCUGUGAAGUGGCUGUAGGUGUGUGCAUGGAAUAGGUGUGUUAGACUGGAGUAUGCAUUGCUGUGUGGUAGGCUUUUACAUGUAAGAUAUAAAAUGUGAUGUGCUUAGUUGUGAGACCAUGCAGAGAUUUUUAACGAGACUUUCGUAUUGCAAGAGUGAGGAAGGCUUCUUAGACUGGAGGAAGAACAAAGGGAAUCAAGUCUCUGUGGCAUGGCUGUGAAGCAGAGAUGUGUGAUAAAUUCUAGAACUUAAUAGCAUGCAUGCCAAGAGGACACGAGAAAGUCAACUGCUUGCCAUACUCUCACAUGCACAGUGCUGAAUCAAACUGUAAUAAUGUCAAUGUGCGGCAGUGAAUUGUCUCCCUUGUGGAGACUGCUGUGCCACAUGGUGUGAUGUCUACGUGCUUUCAGAAGGUGAUGGGAAGCUGCCUCAGGGGAUUUAGUGUGGCCUCCAGCACAUACACCAUAAGUCAUGGUGUCUGCGUGAGGACACAAUGGGGAUGUUAUUCAAAAUUCAGCAUCAACAUUGUAUUUUAGGAGAAAGCCUGUUGUUAAAUGGCAGAUCAGUGUUUAAUGUGUCUGUCCAGUGUUGAUUAUGUAAGUGUAAUAUCUUUCUCCCUUUCAGCUAACUUGACAUGCUGUUUGUGCUGAUAUUUUCUGUGUAUCUGUUACUCCUUAUUAAAAAAAAAAAACAAAGUCUGGCAGAGGCAAUGUCCCAGCAAUCAUCUGUCACACAAUUUCUACAAUGGCCAUCAUUUAUGUUUUACGGCAGUCUGUGACAUGAUGUGUCGAGUUUGCUUAUUCCAGUAAGCCUAUCAUGUUUUCCCUAGCCAGCCUUUGUCAUUAGUGGCUUUUUUUUUUUUUUUUUUUCUGUUUUUAUUGUCCUGCCUCCCUUGACCACAAAAAGUCAGUAUUUGGUGUUUGUUUUUUUUUUCAAAUCGGGAUUUCUAUGUUGUUAUUAUGUUAGGGAAGAAACUAUGUAGACUAUUUCUUGGUAUAUGUGCUUUUUGAUCACUCUGUCUUCAGAUUUCAGGGUCAUUCUGCAUGAUAAAUUAUCACUCUUGCCUUGGGGCAUUUUUUUUUUUUUUUGUAUUUGUUCUUUUGAAAUCAUCAUAUUCUUUUGAUCAACCACUGCCAGACAAGCUAACCUGCUAAACAGCACAACCACCUACCUGAUUUCUAGAAGAUGCUCUUGAAGACCUAUGUUAAAUAUUGAUGUCAUCCUUUACAUGCUGUAUCAGCUGUAUCUUGCCUAUUUACAAAAGUUGAUUACCGCUAUCCCUGCCCAGUCCUCUUCCAGAUGGUGCUUGCCCAUUAUGUUCUACUGCUUGAUAAAAACCACUUGACAAGCAUUCAAUAGGCCACACAGUGGUUUCAAAUGUUAUAAGUGAUCCAGAACUAAAUUACAGCACUCAUAACAUCCUAAUGUCAUGCGUCCCAUUCAUGGUAUUGUCUUAGCUUUUAUACUGGCAAGAAUACAAUUUGGUGUCAAGUAAUGUAAUUAUGUAAAGCUGAGUGUCAGUGUGUACAGUCAACAAAUGGAUGUCUGCUUAUAAACAUCUAAACAAACAAGAUGCUUAAUCAGGUUGUGGUUGUAGAAAAAUUUGCAUCAGUAAAAUGUCCAUUUUAAAUACACAACAGCAUUAAUGCACGUUGUGGUGCAGGCCAACUAAAUUGGAACAGGCCUCUCACCUCCCAUAAAAAGUCAGCAUGGUAAUCAAGGUGACAAGUAUAGGUCUUAAGGCUGUUGGCUAUGUUUAGCUUUCUCUUAAAUUCUAUUUUUAUGGUUAACUAAAAAGUGCAAUCAGAAUGGGUGUACAAAUUGACUAUAAUUCAGAAGCAAUCUUAGCCAUUUGUCAUUGUCUCUUCCUUCCCAGUCCCCUUAUUGAUAUUGCAGUACUCACCUGAUUUGCCAAAUGAUGAUUAACCAAAGAAUCAAGAAGGCUGCUGCUUAAAAAAAAUGUGAACACGAGGUUUGUACUUCGCUAAUGCCAGAAACUAAAGACACCACCUAUGUUCACACCAAGAAACAUAGUGCAUUUGUUAUACAUUUGAAAAAUAACAUAAUAGUACCAAUGUUAAUGUGAUUGUGUGCAUGGUUUCCAAUUUUAUAUCUUGUUGAAUUCAUGUGAAAAUAUACUCAACAUUCAAUUAGAAAACAUUGAAAAUAAGAAAACUACUUUGAAGUCCAAGGACAAUCACAGCAAUGUAACUAGUGGUGUCUACUCUCUAAACAGUGUGUUUCUGGUGUCUGCAGUUGUUUACAAAAGUGUCAUGAGAAAUAACUCUUUGCGUCAUGUUUAUGCAUGCAUUCAUGCAAAAAGACAACAAAAAUCUACAAUAUCCACCAUUUGGUUCUCAAAGAAAAAGUACAGCUGCUUCGUUCUUUAGAUUCUUUUAAAACCAACUCAUUAUUUUCAGGAGUAAUGUGCAUUUUCACCAAAUCAGAUUCUUAUCUUUAUCUUGGCAUUUUUUUGCAAAAAAGACAUCGUGCCAAAGCUGAAAAGUUCUGUAGUGCAGUCCAAGUACACAUUUCUUUAAAGGGGGAGACUCAGAAACUUAACUCAUUCAGUAUGGACAAAUCUACACAAUUGAUCUGUAGCUAUAAAGACGUUUGCAUCUGUGGUGUAAACUGCACAGGAAUAAUGCAGCACUGUUACUAAAGGUUCACUAGUCAAUGAGUGUGUAGUAUAGUGUAAAUUCUGCCAGUAUCAUAAUUGCUUUGGUCACAAACACAUAAAGCUUUCAGUGACAAACAGCAUUAAGGAUGCAAGUGUUGAUGUUACUUUCGUAAAUAUUAAAAAUUGUAAUUUUAUUGACUUGCCUGCUUUAAGACCAGGAAACAAAAUUUUUAACGUAAAUGUUUUUAGUCCAGUUGUGUGGACUGUGGUCAAAUCUUUUAGUUUUAAACAAAAAUUUUCUUGCUUGAGUUUCUAAAGUUGCCUUCGAAUUCUUGGAUUUUUUAAAAAAUUAAACAUUCGAUCCAAGUAACUUAAGACAGUGUUGCUCAUAAUGCAACUCAAAAUUUGAUGAUGAUGCUCCUAACCAUUUUGUUUCAACUUCUGAAUAGUUAUUUCCAGUGGGUUUUUUGGGGGGAGGGUGGGGUGGUUGGGUGUCGAGGUCAUUGCUGAGAUAGCAAAUUAAUUUUAUAAAAAAGGUCAAUUAGACAUGUUUCCAUGAAUAGCGAACUAGAGCAUUGUAAAAAGAGCAAUAGCUAAAAGUGACAUAGCAAGGAAGAGUACUCACAUAAAGGCUACUGUUUCAUUGUUAUAGUGACUGUUUCAUGCGUAUCUGUUCUGAAAGACUGAUGAUGGAUUUCAAAUGGUGGACACCCAGAUGUUUUUAACUGAUUUCUAUUUUUGCUUUCUACUUAAAGAUGCAAGAAGCAUGUGCUCGACUAUACUCUCUCUGUGUGAAAAAUAGAGCAUAAUUAAGAUUAGUUUUUGUGCAUGUUAAAUAUAACACAUGCAGGAGAGGAGAGAUGUACACACUGAACUUGGUGUUGGUAAUGCUAGUUGGAAGGAAUAUGAAUAUUUUAAAAUCUGAAACAGUUAGGUUAGUUUGCCUCUGGGUUAUCAGUUAAGGCAUUGUUGAUCAUAUGAGCAGUCUUUUUAACUUUUUGUGACAUUUUUGCAUCUUAGUUGAACUGUAUUUUUUUCUGAUUUUUAAAAUCAGGUUCACUUGUGUUUGAUACGCUUGUCUUCGAUACAUCCCAGUUUCCUCAAAAGUAGGUGUUGAAAAGAAGGUAAAACUGAGCAGCAUGGUUAAUGAGCAAUGUCCUAAUUUAUUCAGUUCUUGGAGAAAUGUACAUUAUUUUUGUACACUAUAAAGCCAUAGUCCAGGCAGAUCACUGUUUGCAGUGACUGCUUCAUUGUUGUCUAUCCUUAGCACCAUGGCUGCCACACUUUUGUGGAGGUAAGGCUAGCAGCACAUCCAGCACAGCUGACAUGGUCAUGAACCCCCUUUUGCCCAGCACCACGGAACAUUAUGUAGACAAUAACACAUGUGCUUUCUGCAUUAGAGGCAAUGCUAAUAUUGAUCGAUGUUGCCUUUGACAUAUAUAACAUUAAUAUUGAAUCCUAUACAGAGAUCUUUUUUUUUUUUCUUUCAUCUGUUUUCUUGGUGACUUUGCCCCCUUGCAUCCCUGCGUCAUGUACACUGUAUGUCAAGUAUUACUACCUUAAUAUCUUAUUACACUGCCUUGUCAUGAUGCGACCUUUUAAGCCAUGAUCACUAACGUCCAUCUCCAGACAAAAGCACACAAGCACGCAUGUGUAACGUACACAGGCACGCAUGUUGAAGCAUGCAUUUGCAUGCUGCCCUUUCGAUUGCAUCAUAGUCUUGCCUGCAAUGUAUAAACCAUAUAAUCUGAGAUGAUUAUCCAAUGUGUAGCUUUUUGGAGAAACCAGUUGCAGGUCUGCUUAUUGUAGACUUUUGUUUCAGGGUGAAGUGAGUAAACGCAUUUUGUAACAAGAGUACUGGAGAUGUCAUUUAUAGUGUAGAUAUUAAAAGGAAGAAAACUGAUAUGGCUGGAGGGCUCACAAGGAUGUUUAAACAUCCAGCCUUUAAGAUUUUAAUAGGGUCAUAAUGAUACCGAAGACCUAAGGGAAUUCCUUAGUACUCCAGCUUUUAAAUAGUAACUUCUUUAUUUUAGAAAUAAGUAUUGCCUAUAACAGGAAGAAGAGAAAAAAUAUCAGACUAUACCACAAGCACGUGAGAAUAUCUAAUAUCUAGACCUACUACAUUGUUAUUUGCCAGCAUUCUGAAUUUUGACUGUCAUAAAAUGGUGAGAUUUGAGGCAAAUGACUAGCAAACUACCUCCCCCCCCUCUCUCUUCUUUUCUGCCUCUUGCUUGCUUAAUGAACUGGGAUAAAGAAAAAGGAAAUAAGUUUAAAAGAUGCACUUUUUUGAGUGAUACUGGAUGUGAUCAUAUGCAUAGCUUGUAUAUAGCCUCGGCCCCAUUGUGGGAAGAAAUUGACUAAUGUACACGUCCAGCACCUAUCCCACAGUGGGGGACAAUUUACAGUUUGUGCUCAUAGAUUUUCCUAUGUGGAAAAGUUACAACUAUUUGUGCAUGCAUUUAAGAUGUUAGUUUUGGGGCUCUUGAGAAUUUCCUGCUAUUAUAUGACAUGUUUGAAGCAGUGAUCAAUGUGCAGAUAUUGUUGACCUGAGCUCACUGACAAAAUGGCAGUAGGAGAUGGACUGUGUACAGUUGCGAAUGGUGGGAGUGGUGACACAAGCUGUUCAUCAGAUUAUAAAGGCACUAAAAAAGUACAGGAACAAUUCCAGUCCCCACUUUCUCUUUUCAGUCCCCUCAUUGUAGUGAGCGACAGCAAAUUGAGGGACAACCCUAGUUACCUUCUUCACUUUGACCUGCUACUGUAUUUUUGAGGUCUUGACUAUGAGCAGGGAACAGUGUACAGUGUGAUAAAUGUAUAUAGUAGAGCAGUUGGAAACUACAUGUAUGUAGAUGGUGCUCAUUAUGUUUGUCAUGUGCAGUUGUAUAUAAAGUCAUGUUGCUGUUGA